AUGGAAAAGUUGUAUAGCUCACAAUUAAGCUUUCAGGUCCCAAGGAUUAUAACCCCUGUAGGUGCUCCUUCCCAAUCAAAAACUGAUGACUAUCCUUUCCAAUGCCAAAAAUGCAGCCUUUCCUUCCAAUCUGAAGCUGAGUUGGCAGCUCAUAAUUUCCCUGAAAUGCAGGCUGUAAAUUGUACUGUCCCUGUCUACAAACCUCCUCUCUCAACAGUCCGGCUGCCUUGCGCUAAUCAGUUUAACUAUUGCUCUCUAUGUUCAAAAUACUUUAGCACCAACCAAGGCUAUAAGCAGCACUUAGGGAAGGUGCAUGAAACUCAAGGAAAAAAUGCUGAAUGCCAUAUAUGUCACAAAUUAUUCAAACAUAAGCAUGCCCUCAAGUUUCAUAUGGACCAGGUCCAUGAUCAGGGCAAGCGAGUUCCGUGCCAUAAAUGUAAGAAAGAAUUUUACAACAAGUACAAACUUAAAAAUCACUUGAAAAAAUGCCAAGUGGUUGAAGAAAAAUGUAUUGAAGUUAAAUGUGAACAAUAA